CACUGAGCUGCCAGCAUAUCAGCGGUACCACACCCUCGCCCAGGCAGCCCCCCCAGGCCUCUCCCUGCCCUUCCAGUACAAGGUGCUGGCGGAGAUGUUCAGGAGUAUGGACACCGUGGUGGCCAUGCUGUACAACCGCUGCGAGACGGCCACCUUCAGCAAGAUCAAACAAGGAGUUCAGGACAUGAUGCACAAGCGGUUUGAGGAGAGCCAAGUGGGUCAGAUAAAGACGGUGUUUCCUGAGGCCUACGUGUUCAGACAGGAGAAGAACAUCCCGACCUUCAACAGCAGCAUCAAGAAGGGCAGCUACCAGCUCACGGUGGAGCCCGUCACUCCCUCCGACCAGAAAGACGGUCGUCCUGUCCUGUCAGCCUCUUGUCUCCUGGAGAGAAGACGCAUCUUCCACCUGAACCUGGUCUCAAUUGUCAAACAGCACCACAAGGUCUUCCUGUCCUCGUUGGUCCCUCCAGUGUCCAUUCCAGAGGACAAACUGACCCGCUGGCACCCUCGCUUUAACGUGGACACGGUGCCAGCCGUCUCCAGCAGCUCGCUGCCUCAGCCUCCUCACACGGAGAGACUGGCCACGGCUCAGGAGGUGCUGGACAAGGCUCGUUCUCUCAUCACACCCAAGAUGGAGAGGGCUCUCAUGUCUCUAGCUCUGAAGACAGAAGAUAAAACUGCAGAGACUAAAGAGCCAACAUCCCCACCGAAAACAACACCCUCCCAAACAUCGGAUCCAUCAGCUGCAGCUCAGGUCCCAACUGCCCUGAAAGGAGUGUCCCAGUCCCUGCUGGACAGGAUUCGGGCAAAGGAGGCCCAGAAGCUCCAGGCAGCCAUGACCCGAAAGCCCGCCCAGGAGGAGCGCUUGCUAAUGAUGUCACGGCUCCCCGAGCUGGCCAGGAUUCUCCGGACCGUUUUCGUAGCAGAGAAGAAGCCGGCGUUAAUAAUGGAGGUGGCCUGUAACAGGACGGUGGCCAGCUACAGAUCUGCUCUCAGCACAGGCGAAAUGGAGAAACACAUCCGUCUGCUGGCCGAAGUGGCUCCUGAUUGGCUCACGAUUCAUCCAAUCAGGAAGGACUUCUACCUGAAGUUGAACAAGAACAUGGAGCUCAGUGUCAUUGUGGACAAACUGAGCAGCCGACUGCGAGAGGAGGAGAGACUCUGAGACAUUUCCGUGAUGACUGAGUGAAAUGAUGACGCGGCGUCCUCUCACAGUUGGUGCGGUCACCUUUUUGCGGCCCGUGCUGCGUGAGCUGCAGCACGCUGGAGGCAAGUG